AUGGAAACAUCUGAAGAAACAGUGAACACAUCUGAAGAGGAAGACAAUGAUGUUGUAUCAAUGUUGCUUAAGGUUCUUGAUUUUGCUGCAUCCAUUGGUGCGGCAGUGUUGAUAUUGCAAAAUACUACUUACAAGAAUACGACCGGAGCAGUAAGAAAUAGAAAACAUUACUGUUCAAGAAACUUCUUCCCAAAAGGAAGUAAGGAAUUACAAAACUACUAUUGA